GGUGCGCGCCGAGGACACUUCCUCGGGCGCACGGAUCUCUCCGAUUCUGCCUUUGGGGCGGCUAGAUUGCUGCUCCAUCGGCCUGCCUGCCCCUUACCUGCAGAUGGCACAUGAACUUUUCUUCUUUCUGCACACCGUUGUCGUCGGAGUCGUCGAGAUCGUCGUGGCGCUCAUGUGAUGGCUUUCGUCCGUUUAGAGUAGUGUAGUUAGUUAGGGGCCUUCGAAGAAGAAAGAAGACGCGAUUAGCGCAGAGAUGCUGGAGGUGGUCAGUUACUAUGCUAGAGUCAGAGAAUAGGAACAAAACCAGCCAAACCUAGCCGGGGGGCGCACGGUCGCCCACAGGAGGUCGACUCGCCGGCGCUUUCCAUCGCGCCGAGCUCCCUCCGUCCCUCUCGCCCUCCGCUGAGGCGCGAGAUUGCGGCGCGCAGCGCAGCGCAGCGCACUGACUGCCGCGGGCUCCGCUGGGCGAUUGCAGCCGAGUCCGUUUCUCGUCUAGCUGCCGCCGCGGCGACCGCUGCCUUGUCUUCCUCCCGGACGCUAGUGGGUUAUCAGCUAAUACCCGCGAGCCCAGGCCAAGGAACACAAUCCUUCAAAAUUAAUUAAAGGAGAAGAUGGUAAAUCCAAUCUUUUAGUUUCUUCUCCUCAAUUUUAAACUGUGGUUGCUAAAGACCGAAGCAAUCAUGGUGAACCUGAGGAACGCGGUGCAUUCGUUCCUUGUGCACCUGGUUGGCCUACUGGUUUGGCAAUUUGAUAUUUCUGUGAGUCCAGUAGCUGCUAUAGUAACUGACAUUUUCAAUACCUCCGAUGGUGGACGCUUUAAAUUCCCAGACGGGGUACAAAACUGGCCAGCACUUUCAAUCGUCGUAAUAAUAAUCAUGACAAUAGGUGGCAACAUCCUCGUUAUCAUGGCAGUUAGCAUGGAAAAGAAACUGCACAAUGCCACCAAUUACUUCUUAAUGUCCCUAGCCAUUGCUGAUAUGCUAGUGGGACUACUUGUCAUGCCACUGUCUCUGCUUGCAAUCCUUUAUGAUUAUGUCUGGCCAUUACCUAGGUAUUUGUGCCCCGUCUGGAUUUCUUUGGAUGUUUUAUUUUCUACAGCGUCCAUCAUGCACCUCUGCGCUAUAUCGCUGGAUCGGUAUGUAGCAAUACGUAAUCCUAUUGAGCAUAGCCGUUUCAAUUCGCGGACUAAGGCCAUCAUGAAGAUUGCUAUUGUUUGGGCAAUUUCGAUAGGUGUCUCAGUUCCCAUCCCCGUGAUCGGACUGAGGGAUGAAGACAAAGUGUUCGUGAACAACACGACGUGCGUGCUCAACGACCCAAACUUCGUUCUGAUCGGAUCCUUCGUGGCGUUCUUCAUACCGCUGACGAUCAUGGUGAUCACGUAUUGCCUGACGAUUUACGUUCUGCGCAGACAAGCCCAGAUGCUACUGCAAGGCCACACCGAGGAGGAACUGGCGGGAAUCAGUCUGAAUUUACUGCAGUGCUGCAGGAGGAACACCGCUGACGAAGAGCGCCCGGCAAACCCCAAACCAGAGGCGAAUGUUGUGCGCAAAAGAAAGAAGAAGGAAAGACGUCCCCGGGGCACCAUGCAGGCGAUCAACAAUGAAAGGAAGGCGUCGAAAGUCCUUGGCAUUGUGUUCUUUGUGUUUCUGAUCAUGUGGUGCCCGUUUUUCAUUACCAAUAUUCUGUCGGUUCUUUGCGGGAAAGCCUGUAACCAAAAGCUCAUGGAAAAGCUUCUGAAUGUGUUUGUUUGGAUUGGCUAUGUGUGUUCAGGAAUUAAUCCUCUGGUGUAUACUCUGUUUAACAAAGUUUACCGAAGGGCUUUCUCCAACUAUUUGCGCUGCAAUUAUAAGGCCGACAAAAAGCCUCCUGUCAGACAGAUACCGAGAGUUGCCGCUACUGCUUUGUCUGGGAGGGAGCUUAACGUUAACAUUUAUCGGCAUACCAAUGAACCUGCCGUUAGGAAAGCUAAUGACAGCGAGCCAGGUAUAGAGAUGCAAGUUGAGAAUCUGGAGCUCCCAGAAAAUCCCUCCAAUGUGGUUAGCGAAAGGAUUAGCAGUGUGUAAGAAAGAGCAGCACAGUCUUCCUACAGUGAGGCUACACGUGUAGGAAAAAAUUUCUUCUUUAAUUUUUGUCGGUCGUAACUAAUGUAAAUAUUGCUGUCUAAAAGAGUGUUUUAUAUAUAGCUUUGCAACCCUGUACUUUACAAUCAUGCCUACCACAGUGAGAUUUAGGGUUCUAUAUUUACUGUUUAUAUAGAUGGAGACUAAGUUAUUUUGAUUCUUUGAUGAAUACAGUGUUUGUGUUUUCCAAUUCCUCCCUCCCUUACUUCCUUCUUUCCUUUCUUCCUUCCUGUCUCUCUCUCUCUCUCUGUUUCCUUUGUGCUUGUGGAAACGUUGAUGUUCCUCUCAGGUGGCAUUUGCAGGAGACCAGAAUGAUGCACGUGACAGUGGUUACAUUUCAACCACACCUAAAUUGACAAAUUCAGUGGAAUCUCUUUCCGGGUUAACAGUAAAUAUACACUUUAAACUCUUGCUCUGCUCAUCACACACAUAAACACAGUAAAAUACGUUCUGCCUAGUGCAACAUCCAUCAGUGAGUCAAUGGCAGAACUUAGCCUUGAUGUUACAUAUAGGGGCAAAAUUUGACAUUGUCGGAAUGUUGUGUCGGUAUUUUGCUGCAAUGUCCGUCCCCAAACAUAGUGGUAUUUUAACACAGCAGCUGGUUAACCAGGACUACAGAAGUGGAAGGAUGAUAAAGAGAAAUAUACACCAAAAAGCUUUUCACUUCUUAAGGACAAUGUUCAAAUUCUGAUUAUUAUGACAAGCAAACUGGAAUUAGUGUUUUCAUUCUGGUCCUUAGUAAAUACCUAAUUCCAUAAAGAAACUGGGAAACGAGACCCCAGAGUUAUUUCCCAUUCCAGGAUUCAACAUCAAUUGGGUUUUGAUCUCAGAAUUCUGGAAAUUCGUGUGCUACACACAAAGUGAAAUUAGUAUUUUGAGCCUUAUUAAAAUAUUUUCUUAAUUAUGGUACCUCUAUCUAUAGGACCUAACUUAGCAGUCCGUUUUUAAGUAAAACUUGGAUAGGAAGCGUAGAUGGCGAGAACCUAGGAAGUUUUACUUGAUCAAGGACUACCGAAUUAGGCCCUUAGAAUGUGAAAAAAGUAAUUAAAAAGACGCUUUUACUGAACUCUGGGAAUAACAGAAAUACAGAGUUUCCAUUGGGAUUUUAAACAAAAUUUAUCUCAUUUUCAGAUCCUUCCAAACUCUCUAGUGCAGGAAAAGGCUGCAGCUUAUUUGUGAAAGUGGCAAGCUCUUCAUUGUACUGCAAUUCCGUGCCAGAAAUUUAAAUCUUUGUUCAAAUAUAGUGUUGUGUUACAAUAAGUGUUGGCCAUUGUUUCAUUCGUGGGCCUGCUGCUCUCUAAGAAUUCAGUACCAUUUUAGUAGUUUGUAAACCGUGAAAGGUUUUCAAGCAUUGCUAAAGUCAGACCAUUAAGUCUAUGCUGUGUGCAGAGUAUACACGUGUUUCCAGUAACUGUGUUUCCAUGUGUGUCCAUUUUACACAACUGUGGAUAAAUUUCCGAGAAUUCAUGAUGCUAUUUCUUAUGCCUGACAGUUACUUGUGCACCUUGGAGUGUGCCUCUUAGUAUCUUAACAUUGGCGAAUGCAGAAUCUGAAUUUCCAAAACCCCUGGUCUGUGUCCUCAACACACAGCAUAGAUAAAUCCAACAGUCUGCCAUGGGGGCAGUGGAGAGCGGCUGUAUUCGAGGAAACUCAUACAGUCUCUAUUUGAUUUACAACACUGCCAGAUGUCAAUCAAUUGCUUGAGCAUGCCCAAAUAUAACAUGAAAGCAAAGUCUACCUGCCUGUUAGGUCAGUUGAACUGCAUGUUAAAACAUUACCUGAAAUUGAAUGAGGUGAUCUAAUUCUUACUGAAAUGAAGAUGUCUGAAGACACGCAUGCAUCCAGCAUGAGUUCUGCACAUACAGUUGGUGCCCUGCAUGAAUGCCAUGUAUGUUGCAUGAAUCCAUUGAUUUGUAUUAAAGUAGGGCAGAGUAGCUGAUAUAAAAAGGACUGAAGAAAAUCCUCCAGCAGUCCUUACAAAGACCAUGCAUUCAGAUCUGAAGUAGCGUGAGUAUGAGAGAAAAUUGGAAACAGCUGAUUUCUUAACUAUCAGGGCAAGCUCAUAGCACAUGUUUUACAGAGAAUUGAAAUAUAAACCAUGGAUUUCUAAAAGCACUAGCAAUAAGUUGGAUGGUAAUAGCUUAUAGCACAUUUGUUAAUAAUUCUUAUGUCAUCGAGUAGUAGUACUUAAUAGUACCCAACACAGUAAUUAUCCUCAAAUUGUGUGCUAUUCGUAAGUUCUGUGCAGUUUGGUAUGAAACAAAUAUACUCAUUUGGAUAUAAAUCUUACAGUUCAAUGUUAAAUCUACAAACUUUUAUAAAUGUUUUAAAAAAAAAGUCUGAGUGAUAAAUGUAAAAGUGGUGAAUUUACUGUCAAAUCAUUUUGAUGUACUAUUAUAUAUGUAUAUCUGUUAAGACACGUGCAACAGACUGCCUUAUAUUAUUUCCUGUAAUUCUUCUCCUUUGUCAAAUGGUACUUUUUGUGAAUGGUUGCAAAGUGUUGUCUUAUUCUUGAUUCCUGUAUGUUAUCCACUCCAAGUUUUUGUGAUACUUCCUAUUAAUUUAUUAAAUUUAUUAAAUGUUGGC